AUGGUGAAAAUUCGUCUCUUUUCCGCGGCUACGUGCGCGGCAGCACUCCUCCCGGCAGUCGUCUCUGCGCGCAGAGCGUCCAGCUCGCCAGGCCGAGGAGGGGUCCUGAGCAACGAGCCUGUGAUCCUGGCGCAGUUAAGCAAGGCCAUGUCUCUCACGGAGGUGGACUGCGACACGGUCAAAGUCGAAGGGCCGUUGCCUGAGGGCGCGGUUGUGAAGCUCACCGCAUCAGGCUGGGGCGCAGGUCCCCUGCAGAUGGAUGUAGGCCAGGCGCUCGCCGACCAGAAUGGUGACAAAGGCCACAGUUCAGUGGCAAGCAUUACGUGUCACGGUCCAGAUGCCGUGGAGUCAGACCAGGCACGCAAGUGCUACCGGACAAAGGUUGGCGCCGAGGGAGCCGUUGAAGAAGAGCAAGUGUCGCUCCCCAUCACAGGCCCGGGAAGUGCAUUCAUGUUUGUCUGCGUCAGCACUGGACAGGCGGGACUGAAGUGCGACGUGUACGGCUACGACAACGCAGCCAACGAUGGAUGGAAGGUCAACUCGCUGGAAAUCCCGCUUCCGGCCGACGCGGAGAACUUGAGUUUCCGUCUCCAGGCGACUGACCUACACACACGCAAGGCAUACGUGAGUGAGGACCUCAAGGUGAACCUGACUGACCCCAGUCUGGGAUGCCGCCAACCACCGGAGCCGGAGAAGUUUGUUGAAAACGAGGAGGCACUGGAGAUCUAA